AUGCCAUCCCCUUUCCGCAUCGUUGAGCAUGUCGUGCCCACUCAGCACAUCAGGGAGUAUCCUGGAGCCACCGCCAAUGACCAAGAAGAGCCCUUACAUCUGGCUGUGAAACAAUAUAUACCACUAGACAAUCCCAAUCCACAACCAGGUGAUAUUACUAUCCUUGCUGCCCACGCGAAUGGCUUCCCCAAGGAACUAUAUGAACCACUUUGGGAGGAAAUCCAUGCUCGUUCUAAACAGAAUGGGAUACGCAUUCGCGGUAUCUGGAUGGCCGACGUGGCGCAUCAAGGCCAGAGCGGCGUAAUCAAUGAAGAUUCCCUCGGAAAUGAUCCUAGCUGGUUCGACCACCCCCGAGAUCUCCUCCACCUAGUCAAUGUUAAGCGGGCUGAAAUGCCUCGGCCUAUCGUUGGCAUCGGACAUAGUAUGGGAGGUGCUCAUCUCAUGCAACUGAGCCUAAUGCACCCCCGACUCAUCCACACACUAGUCCUCCUAGAUCCAGUGGUCCAACGCCAAACCACGCAACUAGACGGUCUCAUGCUUCAAGUAAACAAGCGCGAGAUCGCCAAAACAACCCAACUAUCAACCCACCGGCGCGAUAUCUGGCCCUCCCGUCAAGCUGCCGCAGAAGGCUUCCGCCGCAGCCCCUUCUAUCAAACCUGGGAUCCACGAGUGCUAUCCCGCUGGAUCGAGCAUGGCCUGCGUGACCUCCCAACACUCAUCCACCCGCUAGACUCCAAGACCCCGACAGACAAAGCCACCGGUCCCCCAGUAACCCUCCGAACCACACUGCACCAAGAAGUGUUCACUUUUUCGCGGCCAAACUACACGCACCCCCUGAACAGUACCAACCCUAUCAACCGCGUAACACACCCAGACCUAGACGCAACUCACCCACACACCUACCCCUUCUACCGCCCAGAGGCAGCCCGCAUCUUCUCCCAGCUCCCAUUCCUGCGCCCCAGCGUGCUGUACAUCUUCGCCGGCAAGUCGGAUAUGUGUAACCCCGCCAUGCGCGCCGAUAAGCUCGCCAACACUGGUACCGGGCUGGGCGGUAGUGGCGGUGUUGCUGCAGGCCGUGUGCGUGAUGUUCUCUUCGAGGAAGCUGGUCAUCUUCUUGCCCAGGAGGCUGUGAAUGAGUGCGCUGAUGCAGCGGUUUCUUGGCUUACGCCGGAGAUCGGCCGUUGGCGCGCUGAGGAGGAGAGUUUCCGCGCGGCUUGGAGUCAGAAGUCGAAGAUUGAGAAGGCUACUAUUGAUGCCGAAUGGUUGAAGCAUGUUCCUGCGCCGCAGCGAAGGCCGAAGAAGGUUCAGAAUGGGGAAUCGAAGCUGUAA